AUAUUUAAGCACCUUUUUAGAAACCCCCCUUAGACCUUCUGGCUACGCCUCUGCCCGCUUAGAAUUUGACGAAACGCAGUGACAACGCUGUGCAUAUCAAAUCCGGACUCACUUCAGUGUCGCGCGGUCGCUGGCUUUGAGCGGCUGAAUACUUCAAGAUCAGCUCGGAAUUAAACUGAAUCUGCCAUGAGGGCGUGCGCCUUUGUGUGCCUGCUGCUGCUGGGCUGGGUGGGCGUGGCCCUGCCAAGGCGGCUGCGAGGGCCGCAGGCUGACCGACUGGCGGUUACCCUGUACUACGAGGCUCUGUGUCCCUACUGCAUGGAGUUCGUCACCGCGCAACUGGGUCCCUCGAUGAUUCGCCUGGAUCGACUGCCCUUCACGGAUCUCACGCUGGUUCCCUAUGGAAAUGCCAGGAUUGACGACUCCGGAAAUGUGGCCUGCCAGCAUGGGGCGCCUGAGUGCGAACUGAACUCCUGGCACGCCUGCAUCCUGGAGCACCAUGACAUCGCCGCCUCCCUGAAGCUCAUUGCCUGCAUGAUGCGGUUCAAGAAGAACAGGCUGGAGAAGUGCGCUGACCGCCUGAAAAUCGACGUUACCGAUGUCAAGAACUGCAAAAACUCGCGGCAGGUGAACGACAUUCUCAAGAAGUACGGCGAGGAAACGGCGAAGAUCUCAUUUGUGGGAGUGCCAGCCAUAGCUUUGGACAACAUUUAUGAUUCUAACCUAUCGGCAAACUUAACUGAUAAUUUUGAUUCCAUUUUUUGCGCCACUUAUAAGGAGAAGUUUAACAAGAAGCUCGCCAAUUGUCAGUAAAUAUAUAGACAUUUUGUACUUUUCCAGCUGUGUUCAUAUUCGAUCGAAAUGGAAAGGUUGUGUCAUGUAGAAAAUAAAAUAAAUAUACUUUUUUGAAUCACA